CCGCAGAGGACGCGGGUGGCUAUGUACCGGCUCCUGGGCGCGGACCUGGCCCUAGGCCUCCUGCGGGUGGCGGGGCGGCGGGGCCGGGGCCGCCCGGCGCGCCUGCUGCCGGGUCCAGCGGGAGGCCGAGCGCCCGCGGCGGACGUGCCGCCGUGCCGAGAGGCGCCGCGCGGCCUGGGCCCGGGCCUGCUGCCGCUGCUGGCAGCGCUCGCCUGGUCCUCGAGGCCCGCCCCGGCGGAGCAGGAGCGGGAGCGGCAGGGCGCGGGCGGGGCGGCGGCCGGGGACGCCGAGGCCGAGAUCAUCCAGCUGCUGAAGCGAGCCAAGCUGUGCAUCAUGAAAGAUGAGCCAGCAGAGGCAGAGCUAAUUUUGCAUGAUGCUCUUCAUCUUGCCUAUAAGAGUGAUAACAAGAAGGCCAUCACUUACACUUACGAUUUGAUGGCCAACUUAGCAUUUAUACGGGGUCAGCUUGAAAAUGCGGAAAAACUGUUUAAAGCAACAAUGAGUUACCUGCUUGGAGAGGGCAUGCAACAGGAAGACAAUGCAAUAAUAGAAAUCUCUCUAAAGCUGGCCACUAUUUAUGCUGCUCAGAAUAGACAGGAAUUGGCUUUUGCUGGUUAUGAAUUCUGCGUUUCAACUCUAGAGGAAAAAAUUGAAAGAGAAAAGGAACUAUCAGAAGACACUUUGUCAGUGGAAGAGAAAGCCAACACCCACCUCCUCUUGGGCAUGUGCCUAGACACCUAUGCCCGCUACCUUCUGUUCUCCAAGCAGCCAUCACAGGCACAAAGGAUGUAUGAAAAAGCUUUGCAGAUUUCUGAAGAAAUACUAGGAGAAAGACACCCACAGACCAUCGUGCUGCUGAGCGACCUGGCCACCACCCUGGCUGCGCAGGGCCGCUCCGACGAGGCGUGUGUUCACGCACAGAGGGCGUCAGACCUGGCGAGGCAGGUGGAGCACCCCGAGCUCCACGUGCUGCUCAGUAAUCUGGCUGCGGUCCUGACGCACAGAGAACAAUAUGCACAAGCAGAAGAGAUCUACCAGGAAGCACUGAAGCGAGCAAAGCUGAAAAGAGAUGAGGUCUCUGUGCAGCACAUCAGGGAAGAGCUGGCUGGGCUGUCAAGAAAAAGGAGACCUUUGUCGUAGCCUUGCCGAGCUCUGGACCCCUUUCUGUCGUAGCCUUGC